UCUUCAGAAGCAAUGCAGCUUUUGUGUAUCGCCGCUUUAAUUCUGUCAGCAGUAGCUGCUCAUCCAGAUUCCUGGAGACCAUGGGAGGAUGAGAAGUUUCCGCCUGCAGGUGGACCCAAACAGGAUGCAGACUCUAAGCGUGGUGACGGGGCGCAGUCAGUGACACAAGCCCCAGAGGGUGGAGAUGGAAGGUCAAGUGGAGACUGGCCAGAAGGGGACUCUGGACAUCCAGUAUGGCCAGAUGAGAUGCCCCCUUGGCUCAAAAACAGACCCCCUACAAGACCAGGGAAUGGAAAUCCACAGGGACCCAUGAAGUUGACUGAUUGGACCAACGGCCAGAUGGCGAUACUCCCUCACCUUCCUACUUGGGGCAAAAGAGAGGCUCCUGGUUUCGGGCUUGAGCCAGGCAGGCAUUUUGGAAGACCCAGAGGACCUCCGAGAGGCAAGUUGCCCAACAUGAGGAACCCUGGUGCAACGGACGAUACGGUUUUUUCCCCUACAUUCAAGGUUGACAACGUGGCAUUUCAGAACAUCACCGGCGUAUCCUUAAAGGAGGGGGAGAACCUAUUUCUGAUGCCAAAGGGAGGAAGACACGGACCUCCAGAGAAUGUGCAAUAUGUGAAGCUCAUCUACAACACCACAGAGCCGAACAAAGUCUCCGUGGAGUAUGGGGUUUUGAAACCUAUGAGUCUCGGUGAGCUUGUUGGAGAAGAAGAUGAUCCAGAGGAAGCCGGCUGGUAAAAGGAGGAACCAACGGCUCCAAGUUUGAUUCUCC